UCAGAGGUCGUCCAGCUAGGAGAAAUAUUGAAGAGCAAGAGUUACCUAAUGCACCUGAAGUGCAACCGCAAGGAGAGGUCUCUAAUGCUGAGUUUAGAGAGGCUAUAAGGAUGCUUAGCCAAGUUGUGACCAAUCAAGUUGGGCAGCAGAGAGGAGCUCGGCAAGAAAAGGCUGACACUUCAAGGAUUCAUGAGUUCUUGAGGAUGAAUCCCCCAAGUUUCACUAUUUCGAGCUCUGCAGAGGACCUAGAGAAUUUCAUUGAGGAACUGAAAAAGGUGCUCGAUGUUAUGCAUGUUGUUGAUACUGCAAGAGUUGAGCUAGCUGCAUAUCAGAUGAAGAAUGUUGCUAGGACCUGGAUGAGUUUGUUUGUUGCUGGUUUGGGUCGCCUGUCAAGCAAUGAGGGCCGGGCAACAAUGCUUAUUAUGGACAUGGAUAUCUCAAGAUUGAUGGUCUAUGUGCAGCAGGGUAGUGUGGCGCAAGGGGGUAGUAAGCCUCCUGCUUGCGCCAAGUGUGGUAUAAACCAUUCAGGUAUUCGUCGUGAAGGAUCCACUGGUUGUUUCAAAUGUGGUCAGAGUGGACAUUUCAUGCGAGAGUGUCCAAAGAACAAGCAGGGACAUGGGGCUACUUCCGGUACUAGCGGAGGAACAAACCGCUUGUAUGCUAUCAACAGUCGCCAAAAGCAAGAAGAUUCACCAGAUGUUGUCACUGGUACGGCUAAUGUUGUUUAUGAUGCCUUGAACAGCUUGUCUAUGGGUAGUACUUCCCAUGUCGAUGAAGAAAAGAGAGAGUUAGAGAAAGUUGUGCAUAGACUUGCACGCUUAGAAGUCUGA